AAUUGUUGCUUUGUUUUCCUGCGCUCAAUGAGUCUAAUUUCAAAGGACGUGUCGUAGAAAUACGAGUACAAGGAUGAGCACCAAAACGGAUACCUAUACUUCGGUUGUGUUUGUUAUUUGUAAGCGAAGGUUUUUACUGGCAAAUCGUUAGAAUGGUUUCGGGCUUACGGUCAGUGGACGCGGUUGGCGUUUGAAGAAGGAAAAAUAAAUACAAUACAAAUUUGUGUAUUUAUGCUUUACAUAUAAUUACAUAUCCUAAUUCGUAAAGUACAGUGCAUUCCGUUAGUUUAUAUGCCACACGACUGUUUUAAGCAGCUGUUUAAACUACUACGAAAAUUUACGAAAAUAAACGAAAAUUUUGAAAAUAAACAUAAAAAACGAACAAGUUCAGCCAUUUACAUAAGUUUGUUUUGACAAAAAAAAGUGCGAAAAAUAUGCAACUUCCAACGGCGAUCCACAGCACGCAGGAAUAAGUCUGAAAGCUGUUUUGAACCAGCGAAUUCACAGGAAUUUCUAUUUUUUAAGCUCCCAGUGCGUAAUUUAAGGCCUUUGGGCCUCUCUCACCGCCAAAAUGUCGUCCGUAAAGGUGGCGGUUCGAGUGCGACCCUUCAAUUCGCGUGAAAUCGGUCGGGAAUCAAAAUGUAUUAUCGAAAUGAACGGUGCUACUACCGCUAUCACAAAUCCCAAAGUACCACCAAACAGCAGCGAAGCCAUCAAACGCUUCAAUUUCGAUUACUCUUAUUGGUCGCACAAUCCACGAGAUCCCGAAUUCUCUACACAAGAGAUGGUCUACAAGGACAUUGGCGAGGAGAUGCUGCAACACUCUUUCGACGGCUACAACGUAUGCAUAUUCGCCUACGGUCAAACCGGUGCUGGCAAAUCCUAUACAAUGAUGGGCAAGCAGGAGGAACAUCAAGAGGGUAUCAUACCGAUGAUUUGUAAAGAUCUCUUCAAUCGUAUACACGACACGGAAACAAGUGAACUCAAGUAUUCGGUUGAGGUUUCCUAUAUGGAAAUCUAUUGUGAACGUGUACGCGAUUUAUUAAAUCCAAAGAAUAAAGGCAACUUGCGCGUACGUGAGCAUCCAUUGCUCGGUCCAUAUGUGGAGGACUUAUCCAAGUUGGCGGUGACUGAUUAUCAGGACAUACACGAUCUCAUCGAUGAGGGCAACAAGGCGCGCACCGUCGCCGCUACCAACAUGAAUGAGACCAGUUCUCGCUCUCAUGCGGUAUUCACCAUUUUCUUUACCCAACGUCGUCACGAUAAUAUGACCGAUCUCACCACCGAGAAGGUUUCCAAAAUUAGUUUGGUCGAUUUGGCUGGCUCCGAACGCGCUGAUUCGACUGGCGCCAAAGGCACACGACUAAAGGAGGGCGCUAAUAUUAAUAAAUCUUUGACUACACUGGGAAAAGUUAUCUCGGCUUUGGCUGAAAUCUCUGCUUCUAAGAACAAAAAAUCAAAGAAAGCCGAUUUUAUACCUUAUCGCGACUCUGUGCUAACCUGGUUAUUGCGCGAAAAUUUGGGUGGCAACUCUAAGACAGCUAUGAUUGCUGCCAUCUCACCGGCCGAUAUUAACUAUGAUGAAACAUUGAGCACCUUGCGCUACGCCGAUCGCGCCAAACAGAUCGUUUGCAAGGCCAUCGUCAACGAAGAUGCCAAUGCCAAGCUUAUACGCGAACUCAAAGAAGAGAUUCAAAAGUUGCGCGAUCUCUUGAAGGCCGAGGGUAUUGAAGUGCAAGAAGGGCCCGAUGGUAAAGUGGUUUGUGAGAAGCGCGACCCGAAUAAAGAUGAAAUGACUAAAUCGGGCAGUGGUCCCCUAAAAUCCCCAACAAAGGCACGUAAUCGUAAUGGUUCAACUACUGAAAUGGCAGUGGAUCAGUUGCAGGCCAGCGAGAAAUUAAUUGCAGAACUCAACGAAACUUGGGAGGAGAAACUCAAGCGCACCGAAGAGAUCCGUUUGCAACGCGAGGCGAUCUUCGCUGAAAUGGGUGUAGCCGUGAAGGAGGACGGUGACACUGUAGGCGUAUUCUCACCAAAGAAAACGCCACAUUUGGUCAAUCUAAACGAAGAUCCAAAUUUAUCAGAAUGCCUCUUGUACUAUAUUAAAGAUGGCAUUACACGUUUGGGCACACACGAGGCCAAUGUACCACAAGACAUACAACUCUCGGGCUCACAUAUUUUGAAGGAACAUUGCACUUUUGAAAAUCGCAGUAGUACCGUUACGCUCAUACCGCACAAAGAUGCAUUAGUCUACUUGAAUGGACGUAAAUUGGUUGAGCCAGAGGUUUUGAAGACCGGCUCGCGUGUCAUACUUGGCAAGAAUCAUGUAUUCCGCUUCACAAACCCUGAACAGGCGCGUGAAUUACGUGAAAAGAUCACUGAGAAUGCGGAAAAUGAGAAUGAAAUAGAGAAGGCGGAUACACAACAGGUGGAUUGGAAUUUUGCACAGUGUGAGUUGUUGGAAAAGCAGGGCAUUGAUUUGAAGGCGGAAAUGCAGAAGCGUUUGGAUAAUUUGGAGGAGCAGUAUAAGCGCGAAAAGCAGCAGGCCGAUCAGCAGUUCGAGGAGCAGCGUAAGAACUAUGAAGCACGCAUUGAUGCGUUACAGAAACAAGUUGAAGAACAAUCGAUGACUAUGUCGAUGUAUAGCAGCUAUUCACCUGAAGAUUUCCACCAGGAGGAGGAUUUAUACACCAAUCCACUCUACGAAUCAUGUUGGACUGCACGCGAGGCCGGUUUAGCCGCUUGGGCAUUCCGCAAAUGGCGCUACCAUCAAUUCACUUCAUUGCGCGAUGAUCUCUGGGGUAAUGCUAUAUUCUUGAAGGAGGCUAACGCCAUAUCGGUGGAGUUGAAAAAGAAGGUGCAAUUCCAAUUCACACUUCUCACCGACACACUCUACUCUCCGCUACCACCUGAGCUGGCCUCAGCCGCUUCGCCACUGCAGAACGAGGAUGAAUUUGGCGCACCACCAGUUUCGAAAACCAUUGUGGCUGUAGAGGUAACCGACACCAAAAAUGGUGCUACACACUACUGGUCGUUGGAGAAAUUGCGCUAUCGUUUGGAGUUGAUGCGUCAAAUUUACAAUGUCGAGAGUCCACCAUCAUCUAUGCUCUACGAUACGACCUCGCUGUGCGGCGAAAGCGCUCUUAUUUCGACUGAAGAUCUACAAUACGAUGGCAUCAUACCACACACUACCACAACUGUCUCGUCGAACUACAGCUCAUUUUUCGCUCCCAAUCCUGAGACCUCCUCUCUUCUUGCAUACCCCCAAUCCCAACGACAAGUACACGCUAACACUACAUCGUCGUCAUCGGCUUCGUCGCUGUUGGCGCCUAUAAACGACAACUUAUCGCAAGUGAAUCGUACGAGUCCGAAGAAAGCUGGUCCACCCGGUGGCUCACCAUCGCGCUUGUCAUUGGUCAACCUAAUGCCAUCUAGGUCUGCUUUCAUUUUCGAUACAACGAGGCAACGCUUGGAGCUGAUGCGCGAAAUGUAUCACAAUGAGGCUGAACUCAGUCCCACUUCACCGGAUUAUAAUGUCGAAAGUUUGACUGGCGGUGAUCCAUUCUAUGAUCGUUUCCCUUGGUUCCGCAUGGUGGGUCGUUCUUUCAUUUAUCUCAGCAACUUACUAUAUCCCGUGCCACUGGUACACAAAGUGGCGAUUGUCAAUGAGCGGGGCGAUGUGCGCGGUUACUUGCGUGUAGCUGUGCAACCGGUAUUGGACGAGGAGUCCAUCGACUUCAACAAUGGCGUUAAACAAUCGGCACGCUUGAUAUUCAAUGAGGACGAUGCCAAGCCAAAGUAUCGCGCUCUGAACGAGAAGGAUGAUGUACAGCGUUACAUCGACAAUGGUGGACUGGAUACCAAGCUUGAAGAACUCGAGGAUGCUGACUCCGGACGCGGCAUUGAUUCCAACUCAGCUUCUGAGUGUCAAGAGGCUAAUGAAGAGCCUGGCGAGCAUUUAGAAAUCGGCAAGGAAUUCACAUUCCGCGUUACCGUACUACAGGCUACCGGCAUUGGCGCUGAAUACGCUGACAUCUUCUGUCAGUUCAACUUCUUGCAUCGUCAUGAGGAGGCUUUCUCCACCGAACCAGUCAAGAACUCGGCAUCUGGCGCUCCCCUCGGCUUCUACCAUGUUCAAAAUAUUACCGUACCCGUUACCAAGUCGUUCAUUGAGUAUUUGAAGACCCAACCGAUUAUGUUUAAGAUCUUUGGACAUUAUCAAACUCAUCCUUUGCAUAAGGAUGCCAAGCAGGAGUUUGUUUCGCGUCCACCACCACGUCGCAUGCUUCCGCCAAGCAUUCCCAUCAGCCAACCGGUGCGUAGUCCCAAAUUUGGACCACUACCAUGUCCAUCCACGUCAACAGUUUUGGCUAAACAUGACGUCUUGGUUUGGUUCGAAAUAUGUGAGCUCGCACCAAAUGGCGAGUAUGUGCCAUCGGUGGUUGAACACAGCGACGAUCUUCCGUGCCGCGGUCUAUUUUUGCUCCACCAGGGCAUACAGCGACGCAUACGCAUUACCAUCGUACACGAACCCACAGCCGAAGUUAAAUGGCGUGAUAUACGCGAAUUGGUUGUUGGCCGCAUACGCAAUACACCAGAAUCUUCGGAUGAUUUGGAUGAGGACUCGUGUGUUUUGUCAUUGGGCUUGUUUCCUGGCGAGACUUUGGAGGUACCCGGCGAUGAUCGUUCGUUCUAUCGCUUUGAGGCUGCUUGGGAUUCAAGCUUACAUAAUUCUACUUUGCUGAAUCGCGUGACACAAGCUGGCGAGACCAUCUAUAUAACUUUGAGCGCUUAUUUGGAGCUCGAAAAUUGCGCACGCCCAGCCAUCAUUACCAAAGACCUCAGCAUGGUCAUUUACGGACGCGACGCACGCACCGGACCACGUUCGUUGAAACAUCUCUUCUCCGGUCAAUAUCGUAAUCCCGAAGCCAAUCGCUUGUCGGGCGUUUAUGAAUUGUCAUUGCGUAGAGCCUCUGAAGCAGGUAGUCCAGGUGUACAACGACGCCAGCGACGUGUCCUCGAUACCAGCUCCACUUAUGUGCGCGGCGAAGAGAAUCUUUCUGGCUGGCGUCCACGUGGCGAUUCGCUCAUUUUCGAUCAUCAAUGGGAAUUGGAAAAGUUGACACGACUCGAAGAGGUGGGACGUGUGCGCCAUUUGUUGUUGUUGCGCGAACGCCUUGGCAUGGACACCAAUCCAAAUCCGACCACGAAGACCGAAAAGGACGUGUGCAAUUUGGCAGCGCGUGCAGCCACCUCACCAGUACAUAUGGUCAUACCACCAUCACCACAAACGCCCGUUAAGGAUCCACAACAGAUGAUGCCCGAGCGGGAGUACAAUCAAAGGGAGCAAGAGUUGUUGCUGAAAUGCUUGAAGUUGGUGCAGGGCACCUAUAACAAAUCUACAGAUCCCACAGCGGAGCCAGCCACCCAGUCGGAUGUGUCGCCCAGCGAUGAGGGCUGCGCUGACAUGACCGUUAGCUGCAUCUCUGGCAGCUCGAUAGAAACAACACCAAAAAUUAGACGAAGAUUAUGUUCACCCGAUCGUGCUGAUGCGCCCAAUGGCUGGGAGGCACCUGCACCCGCAACACAACCGGCCCUACCGCUGCGGCUAUACGUACCCGAGUUAGAGGAGAUACGUGUGAGCGCUGUUGUGGCGCGCAAGGGAUUGCUCAAUGUAUUGGAGCAUGGUGGUUCGGGUUGGAAGAAGCGUUGGGUGAUUGUGCGUCGCCCCUAUGUUUUCAUCUACAAGUCGGAGAAGGAUCCAGUUGAGCGUGCAGUAUUGAAUUUAGCGACAGCUCAGGUUGAAUGUAGUGAAGAUCAAGCGGCUAUGGUGAAGAUACCCAAUACAUUUAGUGUUGUCACUAAGCAUCGCGGCUAUCUGCUGCAAACGUUGGGCGAUAAGGAGGUACACGAUUGGCUGUACGCCAUCAAUCCCCUACUGGCUGGACAGAUAAAGUCAAGACUGGCACGUCGUACAUUGGAGUCGUCGGCAUCGCAAACCGCAUCACAAAUCCAAGCUACAACGGCGUCAAAUGCACAGACAAACAAUAAAUGAGAUACAAUUACGAUGGAAUCUGUAUUAGUGUAUUAAGAGAACGAGGGCAGGGUGUUUCUGAACAGUAUAUGCAAAAGUUAUAACAACAAACAGAAAAACAAAAUUAUUAUUUAGAUAUAUACUCGUACGAUAAGAAAAUGAGAUACAUACAAACACAUACAUACUUAUAGUAUAAAUAAAAAGAGUAUAUAAAAGGUUAAAUAUAUACAAACAUACAUACCAUUUAUGUAUGUAGUAUUAAAAAGUAUAUGAGGGCAGCGAGGCAAUUGGAAAUCGAAGAGAAAAUAUUAUAGAAAAGCGUAAG